AUGUUCCUGUACGAGUACAUUCGUGCAUUGCUACUAGGCGCCGGCCUAUUCUUUGUCGUGGAAGUGAUCUUGAUUAUUCGAUUGCUACAAAACAUCAAAACAUCUCAACCAAAUCUCGUUGCUGCGUCUCAAGACGCCAAGAAGCAUAGAGAUGCAUGGCCUCCUCAAAUAGUGGAAUUCUUACAAAACUCCUUGGCACCUGCCGAGUCUGAUUCAAAUAACGCUGUCUCCAAGACACCGAGUCAAUCUAGUGUAUUACCGCCUGCGCCUCCUCAAGUAACAACGACAGAACAGUGUCACUGGCUCAAUGUGUUGAUUCAUCGCUGGUUUUUGGAAUUACGUGUCUCUGAAGUGUUUAUGAACAAGAUGAAGAUCAAGCUCGUUGAAAAGAUCAACUACAAGUUGCAAUCUAGCAAUUUUGUGUCUCACAUCGCCAUGACUGAUAUCUCGCUUGGUGAUAAUCCACCGAAGAUUCACGGUAUACGUCUGCUCAAAGGAAUAACUGAAGAUCUUGUUGUGAUUGCAGAACUCGAUGUCACAUAUCCAGGUGGCGCGUCAGUUGGUAUUGAUUGCGUGCUCACAGCAGGCUUCAACAUCCCUGUGCGAGUCCACGUCAGUGGUUUUGCUGGAAAAUUGAGAGCACGCAUUCCUUCUGUGAAAUAUCAAGACUCUGUAGGGGUCUCGUUUGUAGAAGAUCCAGGUGUCACGUUUACUGUCGAGUCUCCUAUAACCGUUGGAGGCAUUGAAUCAAUCAAAUCGCUCGUGAAUUCUUUAUUGGCACGUCUCAUCAAAAACCAGUUUAUUGAAUUUUGGAUUCUUCCUAAAUGGCAUAAUGUGUAUCUACCCAUGAUGAUGCCGGCUCCUGACGUGGUGCUACAACGAAUGGGCAUCACAAUUCCAAAAUCCGAUAAACCCGAUAAAGACACACGACCCGCUACUCCAUCAACCACUCCCACUACUGCGAGUGUACCUACAGCGAAUCGUCCAUCGGCUCUAUCUGCAUUGAGAGGACGAAAUUGGUCGAAUUCAACGCCUCAUGGAGAUAUUCUAGCUGGUAAAGCCUUCCCUCAUUCUACCAUCGUACCAGAUGAUAUAGCUGGUGUUGAAACUUUAGAGACUGGAUUGUUAAACAGCUUUUUGACGCUUGCGCGAGAGUCGGAUCGAACGGUUCCUCAAACAGCCACCACAACACCUCCAGAGAAAACGUCAGAUACGGCAUCAAUAGAGAGUACACAAGGUCAACCCACCACUCCGACAGCCAUGGAGAUUGGCGAAUGGAAGACUGUCCGGCAGACGAAGCAUGAAAUCAAAAUUCAGAAAAAGAGGGUGGUGGUGGACGGUAAACUUUGUGAAGUUUCCAGGGGUUUGAUCCGGAUUGCUUGUGAUCCAGAUAGAGUCCACUCGAUUCUGUCCAAUCCUGAACAUAACCGACACGUUGAUGAAGCCUAUGCUGGAUCGAAUGUGCUGAGACAAUUUGAUGAGAAGCGAUUGGUCCGCCAAAUAAGUUACAAUCUGAAUCGAAAUGGCCAGCCUCGAGAGUAUCUUGUCUUGGAAAUCAAGAAGCAUCUACACGACUCCAAUAGCUCAGUAUCUAAAGCCUCAAACUCGCCAAACUCUUUAAAAAAUGUGACAACGCAUGAAGAAUGCUUUGUUAUUGUCAGCCGAUCUGUUGCCGGUGUUCGAGAUGGAGGUGACAUCAAGGAACUUAUAGCACAGCCAUCAGAACAAACAUUGUCAGAUCCAGCUAUGGACCCUCCUAUAACGUCAUCGCCGUCUAGUGAAUCGAUACUGUCAUCAUCACCGUCAACACAUAGUAUUGGAAAGGAGUUACAUAUGUCACCCGAAGUCCAUCUAUUUGGAUAUAUGGUGCUCCCUGUGGCGACUGACCAAUCAGCAUGUGAUGUAGUGAUAUUGUCGAAUAUGGCACCAGACCUUUCUCGACUGGAGAUAAAUUAUAAUAGCUGUCGUCGAAUGAAGACCUUCAUAGAAGACCUUGCCAAACUGUCAAAUAUGUCAUCCGUAGAUCAGUCUUCCUCUAGAAGUGGUAAGACCGGCGACACUGAUGGCUCCACUACUCGAAAGAUUGAAAAGCUGAAAGGGUAUGUCUCUGCUGCUGGACUGGCAGCGGGUUCAUAUCUGGCGAAAAACAAGAAAGUCUCGAGCUGGCUGGGUCUACCGGCUGGUUCUUCGUCAUCGUCAGGAGUAUCAGCAACAGGUGGUGGUAAUGGGGUUGGUAGACCAUCAACAUCUAGUGGCGACGAAAUGGAGGCACAAGAGACGGAAGAGGAUGGUGAAGAGCUUGCAGAAACAAUUGCUGAUGCUAGCCCUGUAAAAGAAGAUGAAGAAAGCGGUGCCGCAUCAGACUCUGAAUUGAUGUUUGGAUCUAUUGAUGAUACAAAAUCUAUAAAAUCCGUCCAAUCAUCAGUUAUACCACCAUCACUGCUACCAUCAUCGUCAAGCACACCACCACCAUUCCUGCUACCUACAACAACGGCAACGGCUACAGUACCGUCAGCAAUAUCAUCAUCAACAAUAGCAGAAGCGUCAGAUCCAAAAGCCGGAUCAUCAUCACCGUUAGUACCUGCCCCACCAUUGCCGUUUCGACCCAAUGAAGAAGCGUCGUUUGAAGAAAGAGUGCUAAUACCAAAGGAUCCAAUCUAUCUGGAAACCAUAUUUGACGCGUCUCGUCAUUCAGCCUCAUCUAUUUAUAGUUUUGAAAUACGUAGUCCUGUCGAAGGAGUCCUCUCCAUAUCGAUUUCGUUCAGACCCACUCUGGACGAGACGGAAAAGAGAAACGGGGAGGUUCGAGGAUAUGCAGUCUUGCCUGAAAGUGAUGGUCAGAGGUGGUUGUUGCCGACAACUAGUGUAAAUAUCGGACCAGGUCGGAAUGCCAGUGGGAAUGUAUGUGUGGCUGGAUUCUCUUCUGGGAUAUUUGUAUUGACCAUUGAGAACACAUCAUCAAAGAAAACGACUCGAGACAUCGAGUGUCGAACCUCGAUUGUUGAUACAGCUCUCAAACUCGAACUGGAUGUGCUGACUGAAUGGUCUCUUGAGCCAAGCGUUGCCAGAAAGUCACGUCUAGCCAUUCCCGUAAUAUAUACUGCAGAAAUCGAAGGCAACGCACAUUUGCAGUGGACAUUUUCCACAUUUGGUCUGGACGUGGUGUUUGGUAUCCUGUAUCAGCCACUGAUAGAUCAAAAGCCAAAGACUUGGGAACAAAAGCUAGCACUACGAGGAAGUGUAAGUAGUGUGACUAGCACAGCCAACUCUGACGAUGACAAGGUUUUGGAAGAAGAGAAACCACCGAUUGCAUCCGACGAAGCCAUCGUAAAUAGUCCUACCUCAUAUCGUAACGAAGUUAUAGUGGCGCUGAUUAAGGUCAAUAGCAAGAGCUCGUCUAUAUCUGGGUCUUUGCCCAUUGAAAAGUAUGGUAUUUAUAGUUUUGUAUUUGAGAAUUCGGCUGUUAUAUCCCCUAGAGCCGUAUCCCUGAAAGCAUCACUUCUUCGCAUGUAA